AUGUAUUUCAGCGAAAUUAGUCAUGCCGUUGAUCAAGAUGCCGAGUUCAAAGAAUUCUUCAUGCCUGGUCGGAUAUGCUUGGUUGGAGAACAUAGUGAUUGGGCUGCCAUUUCCGAGUAUAACAAGUCGUUGCAACAACAUCAGCGCUCCUUGUGGUCGCAAUCAUGCUGCACUGAUAAAGUUGAUACUGAUCUCUCUUCAUCAUGUCCGUAUUAUGGUCUUGCUUUAAUUUGUCCUACAGAUCAAGGAAUUCAUAUACGAGUGAGAGAGGAUUUUAUAACCACUACUCGUGAGGAUCAAUUAGAGUAUGAAACAGAAAAGUCGAAUUCCAUUCCGAAAUUACAAUUAUUACGUGAAUUGAAUUUUACUUUUGAAACAGAAAAUACCACUCUCGUAAAAUCAAAUCGACUAGUUUUUACAUUGAGAGAUUUGUAUGAAAUGCCAUUGAGCGAAUUAUUGAAACAGGAUAAUUUCUUUUCACAUGUAUCGGAUGUAAAAUUUUAUUCUUACAUGAUUGGAAUAUUGAAAGAGAUUUUUUCUGAUUCACAAGUGGUGGAGAAAAUUGCAAUUUCUAAGAAGAGUUUAUAUUGUCACAAUUAUAAAACCACACUACCAAUGGGAAAGGGUGUGAGUUCGAGUGCUGCAAUUUGCGUUUUGAUCGCUCGAAUUUUCAAUCAAUGCUACAACCUAAAUUGGAGUGUUGAAAAAGAAAUUGAAAUAGCCUUCUUGGGUGAGAGGUCAAUUGGAAGUGAAUGUGGAAAGCUCGAUCACGCUUGUGCUUAUGGAGAUGUGGCUCUCUGCCUAUCCAUUCGAUUUAAUUCGGAUUCAUCUAUGUGCAUUGAGAAAAUGAUUCCUCGUGAAAAGAAUUCUCUUCACAUUUUGAGUGAAAAUCAACAACAAACCAUAUAUGAGCAUGUCUGUUCAAGUACUACUACCAAUAGUUUAACGAAUACUACAUGCAGUGACAAUCUAACCCAUAACCAUGAUGAGACACAAAACGACAAUUUUUCAGAUCGCAAAAUUUACAUGCUUCUCAUUGAUCUCAAUGCCUCCAAAGACACGGUGAAAAUUUUAAAAGAUCUCAACAAAGCUUUUUCUCCAAGUGACGCCACUAUCAUAGAUGCUCAACUUGUCAACAAUGCUAGAGAAUAUCUUCUCGUAGAAAACGUGAAAAUAUGCCAACAAGCACUGGAUUUUGUUGAACAACACAAUGCACACGAAUUGGGAAAGUUAUUUAGCACAGCUCAGAAUUUGUUUGACCGAAAUUUGUCUCCGCUAUGUCCCAGCGAGUUGACUGCCCCAAUACUUCACUCGAUAUUGCACGAUGUCACUCUGCAAGAAUUAACCUAUGGUGGAAAAGGAGUGGGUAGUGGAGGUGACGGCUCAUGUUUGGUGUGCUGUAAAGGUAGUAAGGAGCGAGACUUGUUGCGCAAGUAUUUGGAAAAUACUAAGGGAAUGUCAUGUCUUGAUUUGACACUGUGA